GCACUUAUGAGCUGAGAGAGCACAGCAUUGGCAGGUCACCAACAAAGUGUGUUUAUUAUCCUUAACCUAAAAAACAGAAAUGAACUGGUGUCCCACUCUGUGUGAAUUCUCCCACGCUGUGCCCAGAAUAGGCUCCAGUUCCACCAUGGCCCUGCAAAGAUGGUUACUAAAGCUUUGACAUCAGUGAUCAUGGUAUGGUGGAUCUUCAGAUUAGGCGGUUGCCUGGGACCUAACAUAUAUUCUGAGGUACCAGAUGGUGGCUGGGGUUGGAUUGUGGCUGUGGUCUUUUUUAUUGUCGAAGUUUUCACAUAUGGAGUCAUUAAAAGCUUUGGCAUAUUCCUCAAUGACCUGAUGUUUGAGUUUAAUGAAACCAACAGUCGAGUUUCAUGGAUUAUCUCAAUAAGUGUCUUUGUAAUGACAUUCACAGCACCGCUUUCGACUGUGCUGAGCAACAGAUUUGGCUACCAGCCUGUUGUAGUUCUGGGGGGAUUCUUAAUUUGCCUGGGAACAAUAUCCACUGCAUUCACCAGCUGCAUCAAUCAGAUAUACGUCACAAUUGGAAUUGUUUCAGGAUUCGGGUACUGCUUGACUUUUCUCCCAACUAUAACCAUCCUGUCCCAAUACUUCAGCAGACGUCGAUCCCUGGUCACUGCCAUGGCCUCUACAGGAGAAUCUUUUGCUAUAUUUGCCUUUGCACCAGCAUUUACAGCACUUAAGGCACAUAUUGGCUGGAGAUACACAAUGGUGGUACUCGGAAUGUUACAAGGACUAGUCAUAUUCUGUGGACUUCUGCUUCGCCCCAUAAUAAUCAAGGCAAAGAAUACAGAGUGUUUUACCAAAGCACUGAGAAAGGACUCUAUACCUGAUACUGAACACCGCAUCUCAGUUAGCUUCAGAGACUCAAGUGCACAAUCAUCUAAGGAGUUGGAACAACUCCAAAUGGGGGGACAACAUAAAGAUGGAGUCACUUUUCAGACUUUACAAUGUGAACAGGAUUCAAAAAUGCUGUGCAAAAACAAACUCCUGGAUCUUUCUGUGUUAAAGGAGGGCAGCUUUCUAUGCUAUGCUGGAUUUGGUCUUUUUGCAACAAUGGGCUUCUUUGCUCCACAACUGUAUGUGGUGGAGCUAAGUGUGAGUAUGGGGACUGAAAGGGACAAGGCAGCAUAUAUGCUCUCAAUUAUGGCGGUGGCCGAGAUCUUUGGACGUCUCUCCAUUGGCUGGAUUCUGAGCUGUGGACACAUUAGGAAGAUAUUUGUCCUGCUUGGAUGUGUGUUGCUAAUAUGUCUAGUGUUAGUGCUCUUUACAGUGGUAGAGGGCUUUGGAGGACUGGCCGUCUGCUGUGUCUUGUAUGGCUUCCUGUUAGGCAAUAUCGCAUCCACUCACAUCCCCAUGCUGGCCGAGGAUGACCUAGUGGGCAUCGACAGAAUGCCCUUAGCUGUAGGUGUCUAUGUAUGCAUCCAGAGCUUCGCAGGACUUACUGGGCCACCUUUAGGAGGUUUUUUGGUGGACAUCACACAGAAAUACAGCUCUGCCUUUUACUCCUGUGCUGCUGGUACAGGGAUAGGCACCCUCUUUCUAGCUCUGGUACGUCCAGCAAAGACAGGUUUUCUGUGCACAAAAAAAGAUCUUGGCACUUGCCAAAACAACCUUGCUGAUGAGCACAAAGGUCAGGAUAAGUUCAUGACUGAAGAAUUUCUAAAGGUGGACAUUCUACCUGAUUCACAAGGUCCAUCCUUGAAAGAACCAGUAAACACUUUAACUUAGUUGGCAAAAUUUCAGAAAUUGGUGAAUGUCUGGUCAUGGAACAGCAUUGGGCUACAUGUUACACUGAGGCAAACUGAGGUAAAACUGAUUAAUUACUUGUAUUUAAAAACAAUUUUAAAGUGGCUUAGAAUGAGGCUGUUGUUCCAUGCCCCUUCCAGAUCUCCCCCUUCUUGUCUAUCGAUCAUUUGCAGGUAAGAUUCAGAUUGGCCUGGAGGCCCACCCUUAAUGUUAAGCAAUAAUUUCAAACUACAGAUCUCUUGUUGAUAAGCCUUGAUGAUCCUCCUACAUGCACCAGAUCUAUUAAUUAUUUAUGUACCUGACAAAAAGUUGAAUCAUUUGUGUUAAAUACAGAUGAAAAAUUAUUUAUAAUGUA